AAAAAAAAUAAGGCGGGCAGAACACAGUCCUUUGGUCUGGAGACCUGCUCCGCCCUCAUCAUCAUCAUCAUCCUCAUCGUACAGCGCAGGCUACUAUCAUCGACUCACAAGAGGAGACAAGUCAGGGUGAUAGUACAGUUUCCCCCUAAACCGGGGCAUUAUGUCGAACUAAGAAUAAUGUGAUCGAUGAAACCUGCUCGAUAUGACGCGUACAAUGAUAGUAGUUUUGAAGAAGAUGUGAAGACCGACGGAAUGGCAUCUGGUGGCGCAAAUAACGAAGCAACAGUACUUUUGUUGACGGUAAACGUAAGCCGUUAGGUCUGAGGCUUAUUAGCUAUAGCGCUAAAUAUUCAACCAGUAUCGGACUAACUUGCAGAGACCGACCGACAGACUGUCACCUGUGUUGGUUUUGGAGAAGUCAAGCAGCAACAGCUCUUCAGAAGACAACAGGUAGAGUGGAUGUUUGUGGUAAGCAGCACAUGGCCUGUAUUCUGCUGACAGAUAUGGACCUGCCCACCUCCUGCCCCUCAGCACAUGACAGUGGCCUUGUCCCGGACCUUGACCCAACUGCCGAACUUGACCCAAAGCCGGACAUGGAUGCCACCUGCCUAAGUGUCCACAUGUACUACCCUGGGAAGGAUGGUGAAGGAGGUGGGGCCAACGGUUCAGAGAGUGUUCUCACGUUUCCAUCCGGGGAGUACAUAGCAGAGGAACUCUGCAUCAGUGCAGCGAAAGCAUGUGGUAUUGCUCCAGUGUUCUGCAACUUGUUUGGUCUGAUGAGGGAAAGCGACCAGAUAUGGUUCCCUCCUAAUCACAUCUUCAAACUGCAGCAGUCAGACAGUGAGAGCCUACACUUCAGAAUCAGGUACUACUUUCCUGGCUGGUAUAACAGCGGCAAUUCAUCCCAUGCUCAUCGCUAUGGUGUUUCCAAGGGGAUGGAGACCCCCAUCAUGGAUGAUUGUGUCAUGGCAUACCAAUUUUUGCAGUGGCGUAGUGACUUUCUCAAGGGCAGGGUUCAUAUUCCAGUAAGCCAUGAGGCUCAGGAAGAGUGUCUGGGCAUGGCGGUGCUGGACAUGAUGAGGCUCGCCAAAGAAAGUGGUCAGUCACCUGUAGACAUCUACAAUGAUACCAGCUACAAGUCCUUCCUGCCGAGAUGCAUGCGAGACCGCAUCCAGGAAUACAACAUCCUGACUCGGAAGCGGAUCCGCUUUCGCUUCAAGAGGUUCAUCCAGCAGUUUAAUGAGUGCAAGGCCACGGUGUGCAACCUCAAGCUCAAAUACCUGAUGAGCCUCGAGAUUCUGCUUCCAUCCCUCUACUCUGAGCGCUUCCAAGUCACCGACCUCUCCGCACGCGAGGUUACCAUCGUCGUCAUGGGCAACAAGGGCAUCCAGUGGUCAAAAGGGAAAGAGGCGGAGGGAGCAGAGGAGGAGCUGCAGACAUACUGUGACUUCUCAGAGGUGAUAGACAUCAGCAUCAAGCAGUCCAAUCAGGAAGGCUCUGUGGAGAGUCGCAUAGUUACCCUCACCAGACAGGACAACCAGAUCUUGGAACUGGAUUUUCCGUCUCUCUCAGAGGCUCUGUCAUUUGUAUCAUUAGUUGAUGGAUAUUACAGACUGGUUGCAGAUGCUCAUCAUUAUCUUUGUAAAGAAGUGGCCCCGCCAAGACUUCUCGAGUGCAUUCAGAGCUACUGCCAUGGCCCUGUGUCGAUGGAGUUUACGAUUGGUAAGCUGCGGCGCUCUGGCAACCACCAAGGCCUUUACAUCCUUCGCUGUAGCCCCAGGGACUAUGACAAAUUCUUCAUGUCGUUUGUGGUGGGGUAUGAAACUAUGGUGGACUAUAAGCACUGUCAGAUCGUAAAGACGGAGUCGGGAGAGUACAUCCUGAGCGGUGCCAAGAGGAGCUUCGGCUCCCUUAGAGAGCUUCUGCACUGCUACCAAAAGGAGGCGCUUCGCACCGAUGGAUACACAUUCCAGCUGAUCAGGUGCUCCGCACCUAGCCCCAAAGACAAAUCCAACAUGCUGGUGUGUAGGAGUAACCAAGGGGCAGAGGUCCCUCUGUCUCCCUCACUUCAAAAACACGACAUCAGCCAGAUGGUCUUCCACAAGAUCCGAAAAGAGGACCUCAUCAUUAGCGAGAGUUUGGGCCAAGGAACGUUCACGAAGAUCUUCUGCGGUGUUAGGAAGGAGCUGGGAGACUACGGAGAGAUGCAUCAGAUAGAAGUCGUUAUUAAGAUCCUGGACAAGGCUCACCGCAACUAUUCAGAGUCAUUUUUUGAAGCAGCCAGCAUGAUGAGCCAGCUCUCCCACAAGCACUUACUCCUCAACUAUGGUGUGUGUGUUUGUGGAGAUGAAAACAUGAUGGUGCAGGAGUAUGGUAGAUUCGGCUCUCUGGAUAUCUAUCUGAAAAAGAACAAAAGUUGUGUCAACAUCACGUGGAAGCUCGAAGUGGCUAAACAGCUCGCAUGGGCUAUGCACUACCUGGAGGAUAAGAACCUUAUUCACGGAAAUGUUUGUGCCAAGAACGUUCUUUUGAUCAGAAAGGAGGAUCGUAAGACGGGCAGCCUGCCCUUCAUCAAGCUCAGUGACCCUGGUAUCAGCAUCACAGUGCUGCCCAAAGAAGUUCUGGUGGAGCGUAUCCCAUGGGUGCCCCCUGAAUGCAUUGAAAACCCUCAAGGCCUGAGUUUAGCCACAGAUAAAUGGGGCUUUGGGACCACGCUUUGGGAGAUCUGCAGUGGCGGAGACAAACCACUCAGCACCCUGGACUGCUCCAAGAAGAACUUGUUCUAUGAGGACAGGCACCAGCUGCCGGCUCCUAAAUGGACAGAACUUGCCAAUCUGAUUAACAGCUGUAUGGACUAUGAGCCCUCACACCGACCGACCUUCAGAGCAAUUAUCAGAGAUCUCAACAGUCUCUUCACACCAGACUACGAGCUGCUGGUGGAGAGCGACAUGGUGCCCAGCAGGACACGAGGCUUCGGCUUCCCGUGGACCUCCGAGAACCAGGAGCCCGCUCAGUUUGAGGAGAGGCACCUCAUCUUUCUCAAACAGCUGGGCAAAGGAAAUUUUGGCAGCGUGGAGAUGUGCAGGUACGACCCACUGCAGGACAGCACAGGGGAGGUGGUGGCAGUGAAGAAACUGCAGCACAGCACGGCCGAACACCUCCGGGACUUUGAGCGGGAAAUCGAGAUCCUCAAAUCCCUCCACCAUGAAAACAUUGUCAAAUACAAAGGAGUCUGCUAUAGUGCAGGGAGAAGAAACCUUCGGCUGAUCAUGGAGUAUCUCCCCUACGGCAGCCUGAGAGAUUAUCUCAUCAAACACAAGGACCGCUUUGAUUCCCAGAAACUCCUACACUAUGCAUCACAGAUUUGUAAGGGUAUGGACUACCUUGCCAUGAAGCGUUACAUCCACAGAGACCUGGCCACUAGAAAUAUUCUGGUGGAGAGCGAGAUGAGGGUGAAGAUCGGUGAUUUCGGUCUGACCAAGGUGCUGCCACAGGACAAAGAGUACUACACUGUCAGAGAGCCCGGGGAAAGCCCCAUCUUCUGGUAUGCUCCAGAGUCGCUGACAGAAAGCAAGUUCUCUGUGGCAUCAGAUGUUUGGAGUUUUGGUGUCGUCCUCUAUGAACUCUUCACUUACAGCGACAAGAACUGCAGCCCACCAGCGGUGUUUAUGGACAAGAUGGGAAAUGAGAAGCAGGGCCAGAUGAUUGUCUACCAUCUGAUUGACCUGCUGAAACAAGGAUAUAGGUUACCUGCACCUGAUCAUUGUCCAAAGGAGAUUCACAAGAUUAUGACAGAGUGCUGGAGCAGUGACCCAGGACUGCGGCCUACUUUCAAGACAUUAAUCCACAGUGUGGAGAUUGCGCGAGACAGCAAGGACGGAUGAGCGACAUUGGUCCCUGAACCUUUGACCUUUGUCGACUCCUGGGAGUCAGCCCAUGCAGAUCUCAACAGAAUGAUGAAUGUCUGUGUGAUGUCUGGGGUUUACUGCUCUGAUGCAGUCACUAGUCUGAAGUAUACUUAUUUUUCUUCUUUUGGUGCUCUGUAUGUUUGUCAGUUUAACUAACAUUUACUCAAAGAAGGAUGAUCCAUUCUACUAGCAGUGUACCCACUUUUGUCUGUGAGCAUAUUAAGUGUAUGAGUGAUCUGAUAAAUUAGAACACUACAUCUGACUCAGACACCAAACAAAAUAGAAUUGUUGAUGCUUUUAAGAACA